AUGGAGAACGAUAUGUUAAGAAGAGUGAGUAGUAUUCUGUACCAAAAUCAUGUUAUAAUUUUUGAUGGCCUAAUACACUUUGAUAUUAUACCAAUCAUUGACGAAGUGAGUAUACAGAAUAUGUUCCACAUUCACUGGCAGACUCAGGUGCAACAGCCAAAGAUUGAGCUGUAUGUUGAGUUUGAAAAUGUAGAGGCAGAUAGGAUUCAAAAUGAUUUAAAUAUAGAGGAUAAUAAAGCUGAAGUGUACGAAGAAAUGAAUAGUGAUAGCGAAGAGGACUUCGAAGCUACUUAUGAAGUCGGCGACGAAGACGAGGAUGGUGAUGUGGGAGGUGAGGCAACAAUGGAGAAUGUAGUGGUUCCUCCGAUAGUUAGUCAAUCGAUGGACGGUCCACCUUUUAUGCAAAACUUGGAUCUUGACGCCAUGCAUGCAUCCAAAUUCUCCAAAUAUGCAAACAUAGGUGUUGCUGAUCCUGAGGAUGGGGAGUUCAGGGUCGGAAUGGAUUAUAGUUUUAGAAAGUCAAUCAUUGUAGCAAUAAGAAGUUACACUAUCUCUAGAAGAGUCGACUACAAUGUGUAUGAGUCUAAGCUACAGACAUUCUAUGCAAAAUGCAAGACGUAUGGGUGUGGGUGUGACUAG